AGGAAGACGAUGCUGCAGAGAGCUGCGAGUAAUGCGUAUUCAUGGUGGUGGGCGAGUCAUAUUCGAACCAAACAAUCUAAAUGGCUCGAACAAAACCUUCAAGAUAUUGAGGAGAAGGUGCAAUACGUGUUGAAGCUUCUACAAGAAGAUGGAGAUUCGUUUGCGAAGCGAGCAGAGAUGUAUUACAAGAAGAGGCCAGAACUCAUCAGCUUCGUCGAAGAAUCUUACAGAGCUUAUAGAGCUUUAGCUGAGCGUUAUGAUCACAUUUCGACAGAGCUUCAAAACGCCAACACCACGAUCGCCUCUGUUUUUCCUGACCAAGUCCCAAACUUUGCAAUGGACGAUGACGACGAUUCGAGUUCUAAAUUCUCCAAAAGACCGAAUCUUUCGGGUGCUAAUGUCCCUAAUGUUCCGAAGUUGCCUGUUAAAGACCUCAAGAGCGCGGUUAAAGUGGCUACGAAGAAGCUUCAGCCGAGGAAAUCUAUGAAGUACACGGGAGGUUCUGCGACUGUGGUUGUUAAGAGCUCUGGUUUGAGCAAGCCCGAGGCGAUGGCGGAGAUUGAUAAGUUGCAGAAGGAGAUCUUGUCGUUGCAGACGGAGAAGGAGUUUGUGAAGAGCUCUUACGAGCGAGGUUUGUCCAAGUACUGGGAGUUUGAAAAAGGUAUCAAGGAGAAACAAGAGAGGAUCUGUGGUCUGCAGGAUGAGUUUGGUGAGAGUGUUGCGAUUGAAGACGACGAAGCUCGGAGACUGAUGACCGAGACCGCGAUAAAGUCGUGUCAGGAGAAGCUAGUGGAGUUACAGGAGAAGCAAGAGAAGUCUUAUGAAGAAGCUAGAGAAGAGCAUACGAAGAUUACAGAGUCUAAAGAGAAGCUAAGGUCGAUAGCUAGCCAGUUUCUAGGGGAUGAAAGCGUCUUUGCGAAAGACGGUGUAGAUGAAGUUAGAAGAGCGGAAGAGCUGGAGCAUGAGAUGAAGGAGAUGUCUAGGAAGAAGAAAGAGCUUGAAUCUGUAAAGGAGAAGAUCAGAGAACAUUUCGAGUCUGGUGUGAAUUCUUCUCUCGCCGGGACAGACAUGGCUGAGAAAGUCGACGAGCUCGUGAACAAAGUGAUUAGCUUGGAGAGUGCUGUUUCCUCGCAGACCGCUUUGAUACAGAGGUUGAGAAACGAGACCAACGGUCUUCAGACGCAGAUCAGUACUCUUGAAACCGAUAAGGCUUUGUUAGCAGACGACAAGAGUGAUCUGAGGAAGAAGCUGAAGGAAAUGGAGGAGAAGCUCAAGGCGUUGCAGGAUCUGGACAGAAAUGUUAUGGACAAGAGUAGCAAUCUGAAUACAGAUUUUGAUGAAGCAUGUAACAAUCUCGAUAACCUCUCUGGUGGGAAGUUGCAUGAGGUGAAGGCAGAGACCGAGUCUGAUCUGGAAGGUGAGAAGAGGAGUUUAUAUGUCUCGGAAGAGAUAAAGGAACUUGCCGAGGAGAAGAAAGAGGAAGCAGAGAAGAGUGAAAGCUCUGUGACAACAGUUGCAGAAGAUAUCAUCAUCCCAAGUAAAACUCCAGAGACUGUUUUCGAAUCUACCGAAAAAGUAGAUUCUGAUUCAGAGAAGCAACCUGCAUCAGACAAGACAGAUUCUCAACUUCAUUAUGCUUUCGAGAAGCAGGCUGCAUCUGACAAGAUAGAUUCUGUUCUUGAUAAUGUUUUAGAGAAGCAGGCUGCAUCUGACAAUACAGGUUCUGUUCCGGAUAAUGUUUCAGAGAAGCAUGCUGCGUCUGACAAGACAGGUUCUGUUCCGGAUAAUGUCUUAGAGAAGCAGAUAUCUUCUAAAGAAUCUGAUGUUGCCUUCAAUGGCGAACAACAAGAGGAUCAAAAGGAGAAAGAAAUUGAACCAGAUUGGAAAGAGAUGUUCACCAAGGGAAUGGAGAACAGAGAAAAGCAUCUGCUUACGGAGUACACGACUAUUCUCAGGAACUACAAGGAUAUGAAGAAAACUUUGGAUGAAACAAAAACAAAGUUAAAGACAGAUAACGCGACGAAAGACGAUGAGAUCAAGCUACUAAGAGAGAAAAUGAGCCUCCUACAGAAGGGUCUUGCAGACAGUAAUGAGUUGCUGGAAAACCAGUUGUCAAACGACGACUAUUCCAUCGGGUUCAUGGCUACAGAAAACCAGAACAUGUCCCUGGUCGAGGAACAGUUCAGGUUGAAUAUCGACGAACUUCUAGAGGAGAAUUUGGAUUUCUGGUUAAGGUUCAGCACAGCAUUCGGACAGAUUCAGAGCUACGACACAUCAAUCGAAGAUCUACAAGGAGAGAUAUCAAAGCUCGAGCAAAGAAGAAAGCAAGAUGGAAGUAGCACAGCUAAAUAUGCCCUGAGAUCAGAUGUUCGACCGCUUUUUGUACACUUGAGGGAAAUAAACACAGACCUUGGUCUCUGGCUGGAGAAAGGUGCAUCAUUGAAAGAGGAACUGAAAUCCAGAUUCGAGUCCCUGUGUAACAUACAGGAUGAGAUAACAAAGGCCCUGAAAUCAAGUGCUGAAGACGAUGAUUUCAGAUUCACGAGCUAUCAAGCAGCUAAAUUUCAAGGUGAGGUGCUGAACAUGAAGCAGGAGAACAACAAAGUAGCAGACGAGUUACAGGCUGGGUUAGAUCACAUUACCACGCUUCAGCUCGAGGUUGACAAGACUUUAGGAAAGCUAAGCGAGGAGUUCUCUCUCUCGGGUUCAAAGAGAUCAGAUCUUGAUCUUCAGCAUUCAGAUAGUCGCUCAAGAGUUCCCUUAAGGUCAUUCAUCUUUGGCUCCAAACAGAAGAGAGCAAAGCCGUCGAUAUUCUCCUGCAUGCAUCCCUCACUAUAUAGAAAGAUGAAGAAUUCUACAUAG